CCUAGGACAUCAAAAUUUCACAUUCUCAAGUAUUCAGCUUUCCCUGCAAACCCUUUGAGAUCUCUUUUCUGUCUUCACCUUUUCUUUUUCUUUUCUUCCUUUAGAAACAAUCACAAGAAUGGGUUUCAGAUUUCCAAGAGUAAGUCAUGCAAAGAAGCUAAUUCAGAGAUCUUUUUCAAGUUCAAAAGAUGUUCCAAAAGGGUAUUUGGCAGUUUAUAUUGGGGAAAACAGAAUGAAAAGAUUUGUGAUCCCUGUGGCAUAUUUGAAUCAGCCAUCAUUCCAAGAAUUGCUCAGUCAAGCUGAAGAAGAAUUUGGAUUCGAUCAUCCAAUGGGAGCUCUUACUAUUCCCUGCACAGAAGACGCCUUCAUCCAUCUUAUUUCUGGCUUCAAUGCCUAAUAAUUUGCAUAUACACACACUGAUUAUUGACAAUCACCAACAAAAAUGAUUGUUACAAUUUUGUAAGCCUAACAAUGUCAACCAUGUAUAUAUUUUUCCUUGGGGAUCAACAAAAAAGUUGUCCUUAAGAUUGAGAUAAAUGAAGAUCAUUCCAAAACUUCUAUAUAUAUAUAUAUGUGCAGUCUUUCAUUGUAGAUGUUUUUGAUAA